AUGGCGCUCCGAAGACCCCAUCGCAAAUCUCGACACGGCUGCUUAGAAUGCAAGCGACGGCGUGUCAAGUGUGAUGAAACUCGACCAGUCUGCUCCAACUGCACCAAGCGUCUGACUGAAUGUGAAUAUGACUCUACAAGCUCUUUUCUUUGGGCAAACCAGGGCCCAAAGCCUCGCCCUGCGUCAAACUUAUCUCCGUCCGAAGGGUCCCAGCCUCCAGAAUCGAACUUGAUCACCGCGAAUUCAUUCGGGGUGCUGGGGAGACUUGGUGGCGGCGGUAGAAAUCCUCAGAGCACCACCGAUCUUAACCUCAGCGAUCUAGAGUUAAUGAUGCAGUGGUGCAACUCAACAUAUCUGAGUCUGGCCCGCAACGGCCAAACCGACCAUAUCUGGCGGUGCUGCGUCCCGGAAGAAGCGCUCUCGCACCCGUUCCUCAUGCAUGGCAUCCUCGCUCUCUCCGCGCUGCAUCUGGCUCGCACGAAGGACGAUCAUCGCAGUUCCGCGUAUGUCGAUACAGCUGUUUCGCAUCAGAACCGCGCGCUAGCGUUUUUCCGGGAGUCGUUGAGCGACAUCACCGAGUCUAAUGCUAAGGCCAUGUUUGGGUUCGCUGGCGUCGUCGUCUUGUACGCGCUUGCGUUUCCCCAUCCGCUCGAGGUGGACGACCCGUGGGUCUGCGUCGAUGACUUAACACAGGUGUUCGUGCUGGCCCGUGGCGUGCAGCAGGUUCUGAGGAAAGCCACCCCGUCGAUCGUCGCCAGCGACUGGGCGUCCGUGCUUGUGCUGGGUGACUACGACCACACCCCGCCGGAGGAUGCCCAGGCUGUUCUGGAUCGAUUACAUGAGGCCAAUAACCAGUACGGCGAGCAGGACCCGGCGCAUGACACGGACCUCCAUCGCCAUACCAUUGAAAACCUGGCUGAUAUGAUCGCCGCCAUCUCCAGCGGCCUGAUCACCGCCACCAUUUUCUGCAGGUGGGCGAUCAAACUGAGGCCCGAGUACGUGGAUCUCGUCCGCAAUCGUAACCCUUUGGCUCUAGUCAUUCUGGCGCACUAUUGCGCCAUCCUGCAUACCAUGCGGGGGGUUUGGUACGUGGGCGAAUGGAGUGUUAGGGUGCCCAAGGCGAUAUGGCAGGUUCUGGAUGAUCGCUGGAAACCGUUGACUCGUUGGCCCAUGGAGACGGUCUACGGGGAGAGCUUUUUCGCAGAUCAAACAGGCUGA